UCGUGUUAAGUGUAAGGUAUUGCUUUGCUUGAAAACGUGGCAUUCCUUCAUAGACCUUCAAAACAACCAUUUCAUUAACUUAUUUACAAAAGAGACUGCGAAUGUAAUAACAUUGUAAACGAUUUUUCUCUUUGGGAUGGAUUCAGUUUGUGCUAACAUGACGUUGUCGUGCUGAAUGUAACUGGUCAGAUUGUGCUUGGGGUAGCUAGAAGCUGACUUUUUAGAGAUGUCGAAUCUGUUUUAGGACUUCGGAUCCACGUAGCACUGAAGAUUAAACGUUACGAUGGCUGAUCGCUACUACCGCCUUAUCACCUUGGUCGUCGAUGUUUGCACGCCUGUCCUUGGAGAGCUUUUUCUGUUCUACGCAAAGGCAGAUACUUCCACGCCGUUCAUAGACAUCCAACAGUACAUGUCAGCAAAGAAACAAUUUGUUCGUCGGCUAAGAGGUCUCCCGAAGCAUAUUUAUGAGAAGAUUUACAACUCGGGUCCCAUUGACGAAAGUAAAUGGGACAUUACUGCCAUAACGCGUUUGCUUCUUGGCAUUUUUAGUUUGCCAACACACGUGAAAGCCAGCGUUGAACAGAUAAGAACCGAUAGAAACAAUCUUCAGCAUAUUAAUCAGCUACAAAGCUUAACGGAGCAAGAAUUUGAAAAUACAUGGAGGUCAAUAGAACAAAGUAUUAGCCAACUCGUUUCAAAUUUGUCUCCCGUAUUUCAAAAACAGACAACAGAAAACAUAAAUAAAGCAAGAACAGGUAACUUUCCAAAUAUGUUCAAUACGUUCACAACUUGGUGUCUGGGUAUGGGUGGCAACCUACAAGAAAUAAAAGAGAAUACAAAGGUAACAAGACAGAUUGUAGAAGAGGUCACAGAAGAGUACGUGGACAGCCAAGGAAGAGCUAAAAAGCGCGUAAAAACAGUUGAUAACAGAUUAAGGCGAAUGAAAGAACGCUUUGAGCUAACGAUGUCUGGAGAGCUGCUGGAUGAUUUUGAGCCACCCGAAUGUAUUACACAAGUACGAGAAUAUCUCCAACAAAAGCGCCAUGUUAUUGUCACAGGGACCGCUGGUCGAUCGUAUCUACAGGUUGCCUUGUCCGCAAUAAAAGAAGUGAUUAAUCCUACACUUAACGUUAGUGGUGAAGUAGCUUAUAUUUACGAUUGGGACAGUAUUGAAACUUCCGAGUUUAAGUUAAUCCUUUGCCAAAACCCAUUCGGUGACGAAGUUUUUGAAAAAAAAAAGGCGUUUGUGAUGCGUGAAGGCCUUACGCGGACUCUUAAAUCUGCUAAUGAUGGAGAGUUGACGCUUGCAAUCGUGACAAGGAAAGAUGUUCUUCGUCAAGCUCAAAAGUUUUUUGGGAUGGACGAUCAUGUGUUACAAAACAUUGUUGAACCGUAUACAAAAACAACGGAGGACAACCCUGAAAUCAUCAAUCAUAGAUCCGGGAUGAAUGAUAGUAUACUUUCACAAAGCACGACGAACAGCGCUAUACAAGAAAUGAGUUCCUGCUAUCUUCAACAAAUAGACGAAUUGCCACUGAAUGAAUCAGUAUUCAAAAAGGCGAAAUCCACUUUGAAGAAAGAAAGAGUCGUUGUUCUUGUGGGUAGAAAUGGGCCUGCCAUACGUUCCUGCAUAAAACUACUAGCUGAACAGUUUGCACCAAACAACUGUUUGGUAAUGAGUAAUCCAGAUGACAUCAAACACCUUGAUGCGGAAACGGCAAUGGCAGUAUUUCUACACAUCACGGGACAGUAUGCAUUCGAUAUCAGCAAAAGUCGUCGAUGGUUCGAGUACUUUGAUUUCAUUUAUGCUCGUGUGAAAUCAAACAAACUCCGCGUUGUACUGGCUUUUCAACCGUCGGCCCUUACGCGCUGCAUCACCAAAAUCAAUGCUCAUGAACUGCUAAGACAUACUGUGGAGAUAAACUACAAGGACAUUGAUGAAAGUCGCGUUAAAAAGGAGGCAACAGCUGCGGACGAACUUCCACCACCAGGUACGAGUUUCCCCGGACAGCAAGAUGAUUCAGACGUUCCCCGUACUGCCAGUCAUCUAACUGACAUCAUCUUACCAGGGGAAAAAGACUUAUAUAUAUAUCCUUAUAUCACAUUGCUGUCCUUCAACAGGCUUCUUUUUACAGAAAAAGAUAUCAUGUUACUGAAUCUACAAACGCAGACUAUCACUUCCUCGUUGUCCUGCCAGGAUUAUAUUCGCGCAACACGUGUCUCUGAUACAAGAGCGGCCGUUAUUGGUGAUAAUGGACAUACUAUUAAGUUCAUCUCUGUGUCUGCCACUGACCAGAUGUCCUGGGACGGUGAGAUAAAUGUUGAUUGGGAAUGUAAGAAAGUUGCCUGUGCCGGGGACAGGCUAUUCGUUAGUAUCGAUUUCAAAAGAAACAGCAAUAUCAAAGUGAUAGAUCUUGAUGGAAAUGUACUGAAAAGCAUACAAGGAAAUUAUUACUAUCCAACAUUUGAAACUAAAUGGGAUCUUACACUUUGCAGUUAUGCUAGUCAUGACGUUUUAGUAUGCUAUGGCGAUGAGGUAACACGAUAUUCGAAAGAUGGAAUGGAGCAGCAUUCAUAUCAUAUAAAGAAAAAAAAGAAAAAAAAUAUUACAUCAGACGGGUCAGGCUAUCUCUAUUGUAGUGAACGUACUGGAAACAUCAUGUAUCAGGUGUCGUUAGAGAGUGGCAGCGUGACAAAGCUGCUGGGCGAGUUUCACGAGAUCUUUAAAGUUAAGGGUUUGGCCUACUGUAAUACGGAGGAUAAACUCUACGUAGCGUGUGAAGAAUACUUUAAAAAUGAACUUGUGAUUAAAGUGUUCAAGAUCUCAAAUUAAGAUACGUACUGAACUACGGCUUUUGUUUUAGAGUGAUGUAAUAAAAAUGUCUCUCCCUCUCUAAUAAUAUUGAUCCUAUUAUAUAUAUAUAUUAUAUAAGAUUUAUUAAAAGAAUGUCAUUACAUAUGCAGAAAGUUUACAAAAUGUUUUAACUAGUUAGUAAUUUGUUCAAAUGUGAGCAGUUUUUCACUUGAUUUGUGUGUAUAUUUAAGUUUAAAUAUUUUAGUUUAACUCUUUAAAACGGCGUAUUGGCCUUAAGGUCUUUAUCAACUCAUUUUUCUUAUCAUCAUACAACCGACUAUAAAUAUACAUUUUUUUUUAUCUUGUAUCAAAUAUUAACAAGGAUUAAAAACUGUUACGCCGAAACGUGAUAUUAAAGAGUAAAACUAAAGUAUUUAUUGAUAACUUAUCAAUUGAGUAGUUACUAGUAUAUCAGUGAUCUUUGUGAAUGUGUAUUGCCUUAUUUAUUUGUGAAUUGACUAUUCAUGUUUCCAGCUUAAUAUCAAUUGUAUUCUUUUUACAUAUUAGACAGAAUAAACUUUAUCAUUUACCAA